UGAAAUACGUGCUUACGCACCGAUCUAAGCAUUCCGGAGGUUUUCGUAUAAAAGACGCCUAGUUGGAUAGGGCAGCAAACAGUUCAAACUAACAACUCGUACAAACAUGUUCAACAAGACGUUCCUCGUGGCCCUCAUGCUGUGCGCCUGCUUCUUUGCCGCCACCUUGGCACGCCCCCAAUUGCAAGGCUUACCUGGAGGUCAGAUACUCGGAAAUACUGCUGGUGCUGGUACUGCCGCCCUUGGCACCCUUGGACAAACGGUCGGCGGUACCGCUGGUAGCCUCGCUGGAGGCCUCGCUGGUGGCGGCCUGGGUUCUUCUCUGGGCAAUCCACUGGGAAAGGGCCUGGGAGUCUGAAUGACAAAUGCACCAAAAAUGAUCGAACGCAUCAAAUCCUAAUUCAAAUACUUAUAAUAUUAACUAAAACUUAAUCUUUACAAAUGUGUACACCUUUUGUGGUCUAUUAAAACAAAUUUGCAUGCCUAAA